UUUCACGAUAGACAUAGUGUUAAGAAUAAAGAAUCUAUUGGUGUAGGAGAUUUUGUACUCGUAUAUGAUUCCACUCUUGAUAAUUCACCUAAAAAAUUUGAUUACCGAUGGAAUGGGCCCUAUAUAGUAAGGAAAGUGGGUAGUCAUAAUCAGCUAUAUCUGAUGGAAGUAGACGGAAGUGAGUUGCGGGAGCCUUUUACUAGAAAUAGGGUUAAGAAACUAAAGAGAAGAUCAAAAUUUACAGAUGUCGAACCGAUCGUAAAUAAGGUUGGCUUCGGGGACGAAGGCCAGGGAGGGUCUAGCUCCUGUCACGAGCAGGAUUGGUUCUCUGAAGAAAUUUGGAUCCCGAAACAUGUAGUAAGAGGUGUGACAAUAGAGGGAGGAUGUAACAUCAUCUAUCUCUCCUGA